AUGGGUGACCACCAACUGAGCAGCAACUUCGGCUACAUCGACGAUACGACGAUGGUGGUAGAAGGAGAUUCUGCGGAAGAGAACUGCACACGCCUCGCGGCUGCGUUCAAAGACACCUGCGAUCCAUGGGCGAGGACUCACGCAUCUGUGUUCGCGCCAGAGAGGUUCGCCUUGGUCCACUUCCAACCCCCUGGGAAGAAAUCAUCCGAGCCGUCCCCUGCCGACCCCCAGGACGCCCAUCGAAGAUCCGUGGACCGCAGGCACGGAAGGAUCGUCCGGCUGGAGAGGUCUUCAAAGCUACUUGGCGUCAUCCUCGACCAUGACCUAUCCUUUGAAGAGCAUAUGGCCUAA